AUCAACAAAAGAGAUUCUUGGGUCCUAGAGACCAAAGAAAGAAUCAGCAGGAAGGCCCAGGGUGAAUGAUGGAUUGCAGAGCCUGGCUGGCACGUUUUGUGCCCUCCCCGCCUCCAAAUUGCCUCAGUUACAAAUCAGAGGGCAGGCUUGGUGAGCAAGACUGGCAAGCACAUUUUAAGGUCCCGUGCUGUGGGGUUGAUCCAUCUCAACUUGAGUCAGAAGAGGCAGAAGUGGAUGUGAGAGAAAGAGACACACAGAGAGACAGAGAGCCAAAGAGGGCAAGAGACUUGACUUUAAGAGACUCCUGUACUGACAACUCCAUGCAGUUCGGAACCAGAACAACUGCGGCUGAACCAGGGUUCAUGGGGACAUGGCAAAACGCUGACACUAACCUCUUAUUCAGAAUGUCCCAACAGGCCAUCCGCUGCACAUUGGUAAACUGCACGUGUGAGUGUUUCCAGCCUGGGAAGAUUAACCUGCGGACGUGUGAUCAGUGUAAACAUGGCUGGGUGGCACAUGCCUUGGAUAAACUCAGCACACAGCACCUGUACCACCCCACUCAAGUGGAGAUUGUGCAGUCCAACGUGGUGUUUGACAUCAGCAGCCUGAUGCUCUACGGGACGCAGGCAGUGCCUGUGCGGCUAAAGAUACUGCUAGACCGGCUCUUCAGUGUCCUGAAGCAAGAGGAAGUGCUGCACAUACUACAUGGCUUGGGCUGGACCCUGAGGGACUAUGUCCGAGGAUACAUCCUUCAGGACGCUGCUGGCAAGGUACUGGACCGCUGGGCCAUCAUGUCUCGGGAAGAAGAAAUCAUCACCCUUCAGCAGUUUCUGCGGUUUGGGGAAACCAAAUCCAUCGUGGAGCUGAUGGCAAUUCAGGAGAAAGAAGGGCAAGCCGUGGCUGUACCAUCUUCAAAGACAGACUCGGAUAUAAGGACUUUCAUUGAGAGCAAUAAUCGCACCAGGAGUCCUAGCCUCCUUGCUCACUUAGAGAACAGCAAUCCUUCCAGCAUCCAUCAUUUUGAAAACAUACCAAACAGCCUUGCAUUUCUGCUUCCAUUCCAGUAUAUAAACCCCGUGUCUGCCCCACUGUUAGGGUUGCCGCCCAACGGGCUGCUUUUGGAGCAGCCGGGGCUGAGGCUGAGGGAACCGAGCAUUUCAACUCAGAAUGAGUACAAUGAGAGCAGUGAAUCUGAAGUAUCGCCUACACCAUAUAAGAGUGAUCAGACGCCCAAUAGAAAUGCCCUGACUAGCAUCACUAAUGUGGAACCCAAAACCGAGCCAGCAUGUGUCUCCCCCAUUCAGAAUUCUGCCCCAGUCAGUGACCUAAGCAAAACUGAACACCCAAAAAGCUCAUUCCGGAUUCACCGUAUGAGAAGGAUGGGGUCAGCCUCCAGGAAAGGAAGGGUAUUCUGUAAUGCUUGUGGGAAGACGUUCUAUGACAAAGGGACUCUCAAAAUUCACUAUAAUGCUGUUCACCUGAAGAUUAAACACCGAUGUACCAUUGAAGGUUGCAACAUGGUCUUUAGUUCCCUUCGAAGCCGGAAUCGCCACAGUGCAAACCCCAACCCCCGCCUUCAUAUGCCUAUGCUAAGGAAUAACCGAGACAAAGAUUUAAUCCGGGCUACAUCAGGAGCUGCCACUCCAGUCAUAGCAAGUACAAAAUCAAAUCUCACACUCACGAGUCCUGGCCGGCCCCCGAUGGGUUUUACCACCCCUCCACUAGACCCCGUCUUACAGAACCCUCUCCCAAGCCAGCUGGUAUUUUCUGGGCUAAAGACUGUACAGCCAGUUCCUCCUUUUUAUAGAAGUUUACUUACUCCAGGGGAAAUGGUGAGUCCUCCAACCUCCCUCCCAACCAGUCCCAUCAUUCCGACCAGUGGCACCAUAGAACAGCACCCUCCUCCACCCUCUGAGCCAAUAGUGCCGGCAGUGAUGAUGGGCACUCAUGAGCCCAGCGCUGACCUGGCACCUAAGAAAAAGCCUAGGAAGUCAAGCAUGCCUGUAAAAAUUGAGAAGGAAAUCAUCGACACUGCCGACGAGUUUGACGAUGAAGACGACGAUCCUAAUGACGGCGGGACCGUGGUCAAUGACAUGAGCCAUGACAAUCACUGUCAUUCCCAAGAUGAGAUGAGCCCAGGCAUGUCCGUGAAGGACUUCUCUAAGCAUAACAGGACCCGGUGCAUUUCAAGAACUGAAAUAAGAAGGGCUGACAGUAUGACGUCUGAGGACCAGGAGCCCGAGCGGGACUAUGAGAACGAGUCCGAAUCCUCAGAGCCUAAGCUCGGUGAGGAAUCCAUGGAGGGGGAUGAACACCUUCACAGUGAGGUGAGCGAGAAGGUCCUGAUGAACAGCGAGAGGCCCGACGAGAACCACAGCGAGCCGUCCCACCAGGACGUCAUCAAGGUAAAGGAAGAAUUUACAGACCCCACUUACGACAUGUUCUACAUGAGCCAGUACGGACUAUACAACGGUGGCGGGGCCAGCAUGGCUGCCCUGCAUGAAAGUUUUACAUCGUCUCUGAAUUAUGGAAGCCCUCAAAAGUUCUCCCCUGAAGGUGACCUGUGUUCUAGUCCAGACCCCAAAAUCUGUUAUGUGUGCAAGAAGAGCUUCAAAAGCUCCUACAGUGUGAAGCUUCACUACAGGAACGUUCACUUAAAAGAGAUGCACGUCUGCACGGUGGCUGGGUGCAAUGCCGCCUUCCCCUCUCGUCGAAGCAGAGACAGACACAGUGCCAAUAUAAACCUGCAUCGUAAACUGUUGACCAAAGAACUGGAUGACAUGAGCCUGGACUCAUCGCAGCCCUCCCUUAGCAAGGACCUCCGGGAUGAAUUUUUGAUGAAGAUCUAUGGUGCCCAGCACCCUCUGGGGCUCGAUGGCAGGGAAGAUGCCUCCUCUCCCGCAGGGACUGAAGACUCCCACCUGAAUGGGUACGGGAGAGGCAUGGCAGAGGACUACAUGGUCCUUGACCUGAGUACCACCUCCAGCCUCCAGUCCAGCAGCAGUGUCCAUUCCUCCAGAGAGUCCGAUGCAGGCAGCGAUGAGGGGAUUCUUCUCGACGACAUCGAUGGCGCGAGUGACAGUGGGGAAUCCACUCACAAGGCCGAGGCCCCCACCCUCCCCGGCAGCCUCGGGGCUGAAGUUUCAGGAUCUCUUAUGUUCAGCAGUUUGUCUGGGAGCAAUGGUGGGAUCAUGUGCAACAUUUGCCACAAAAUGUACAGCAACAAGGGGACCCUGCGGGUCCACUACAAAACUGUGCAUUUGCGAGAGAUGCAUAAGUGCAAAGUCCCCGGCUGUAACAUGAUGUUCUCCUCUGUGCGAAGCCGAAACAGGCACAGCCAGAACCCCAAUCUUCACAAAAACAUUCCCUUCACUUCAAUAGAUUAGUCCCAGAACGGACACUCCAAAUGCCAGCUCUCACCAGAUGGCCUACAUGUUUGAACUGCCAUAGCCAGUGUGUGCUUCCGCAGUGGGGCACAUAUGUGUGUGUACAUAUGUGUGCCUCUGUGUCUACACUUGUGCACACACAUACUUUCUUUUCUUUAGAUAAAAAUGAUAAAUACUAGGUGCUUUUGAAAUUUUUUUCUUUUUCCUUUAUAGUUUUGGGAGAGGGUGGAUCUUUUACUUGGGGUAAAAACAAGAGUGCCCUUUUCAGCACACACACACACACACACACACACACACAAACACAACAUAACACACAAAGUGUGCAACUAACCCCAAUUUUGAUAGGAUAAUUCUUGGUCUUCUCCAAAGAGACAUUUUGUUGUACCUAUGACUGUUGCCUGCAAAAACAAUAAAUAAAUAAAAGGGGAAAAAAGAGAAAAGAAACAAAAAGGAACUUCUUACAGUUGUCUUUUGUGAACUUUAGGGUUUUGAGAGAGUCUUUAGUUAAAGCAUGGCAGAUUCACCUGUAAAUAUUUAGCCUUGAGAGGCCAAUGAUGUAAAGCAAUUGUAUUGAUGGUUCUUUAACUCUCCUUUAAUUUUGGCAGUUACAUCCAGCUGUUAGAUAUGCAGGAAAUAAAUAGUUUGCUGGCUAGUUCUAUUCAUUUUUGUUAGCAUUAAUGCACAUUUUCUUUAAAAAAAAAAACAACAAAAAAACAAAAAACAAAACAUGGUCUUGUUUUUCCUAACCUGUUAGAUGUAGUGGUAAAGCUGUGCUGGCAUGCUUCACAGCACAGGUCUGAUUUCUUAAAAAUGUCCUGUACCAGUACGUAAAUCCCAUCAUGCACUUUGUUCGUACGCUAAAGGGGAUGUGUAAUACCCAGGCUUCCUUUUACCCAGAAACUACCGCCAUACUUCAAGGAGCAUCUUUCUUUUAAAAAACAACCCACUGUAUGAAAAUGGUCUGGUCAGUAAAGGGCACAAAUGCCCAACAAAAAGAGUAUUAGUGUUAACACAAAACUGCCAACUUUGCACAAGUUUUCAGAAAAGAAAAUACAAUUAGUCACUCAACAUAACCACAUGCCAAUUCUUUGGCCACCAGAAAACCGCUUAAACACACACACGCACACGCACACACGGUGAUCCUUUUGAGUGCCGAAUGUUAUUAGAAUCAACAUUACAUCCUUCCUCUAUACACGUUAAGUCCCAGAAAACAAAAUACCGCGGUGUGAAAAAGCCAAGGUGUUCCUUUGGUAGAGGCAGGAUAAUAUUUCGGGCACAGUAGCCCAGAUUGCUCACUAAAGGAACAAAGCUGCCUACAGUAGGAGACUGGACUCACUUCCAAGGCCCCAACCCUUAUCCUUUGAAAAGAAAGAAAGUCCGAGCUGAUUGGUCUCUUGUUUGUCACAGUAGCACUGCCAGUCAGGCCUGCUUAAUAGAGGAAAUCAAAGUUCCCAGCAGUUCUUCAUGGAAGCUCUGAAUGCCUGUGCUGACCUUGAGCUGAGCAGCCCCCUUCUCCAGGGGCAGAAGACAGGGUCUCCCUGCGUAGUAGUGUUUUGUGUUUUUCCCCAUGCAAAUUUGUCAGAGAGAAAUGAGAGCAAGCCUGAAACCAAGCAGUGGAGAGUGAGGACAAGGGUGGGUGGGGGACACUGCUCUGAACCUUCUUGUUUUGUUUUGUUUCUGAUGUUUACACAUGUUGCCUGAGCUGGUUAACCACAUCAGCAGCCUCAGCUACCACAGCAUACUGACUAAGUGAGGAUAUUUACUCAACCUCAUAGGUAGCCAGAACUGCUGGGGUGUGCUUGUGGACUGCGUUUGUUUUAUUGUCUUUUUUUUUUCCUUUGGGUGGGGGGGUGGGGAAGUGGGGAGUAAACACUAAUAUUGUGUCAACCUACAUAAUAGAAAGAGAAUGUAUUUUUUUUUCUUCAUUUCAUGGCCUCAAACAUUUCUCCCAUCCGUGUAAAACUUAGAAACACCCUUUGUUUCAGUUUUUCAUAUCAUUUCCAUUUUUCAUGUUUUGUAAAAUUUUUUUCUGUGUUCACAUCAGCAUUCACUUCCGUUACAUUUGCCAAAGGAAGCUGUCGAUAUGUUUCUGUUAUUAUUCCUGUGUGACUUAUUGUACCUCACAGUAUUUAUUUGUUUUGUUUUUUUUUUCCAAAAUUAAGGAUCAUUCAUUUGGGGGUUCCGGAUAUUUUCUGUUUUUCAGAAUUUUUUAGCAGUAGACUAUUAGCGAUAAGCUAGGUGUUCCUAAAGCUUUAUCUUUGUCUCCUUCUGAGGAAGCCAUGGUUCGGCUUGCUUCUUCAUUUAUCCCACCUUGAGGAAAGUCCAAAAGCAUUUGCAGGGCAGAAGAAGCUGUCACACACAAUGUCUGUUAAAUGCCAAAUGUUUACGGUAAAAGCUGAGGAAUUAGUAGUAACUGUUUCUGUUUCCCUGUCCCUUUGAUUCUCCCAACCCUUAGCUGCUUUGCUUUGUUGUCAUGUUAAACUGAACAAACGUGUCCCUUCAUUUUAUAAUGUACAAAACUCUGUACAGUAUGUUUGUGAAUAAUUGAACCAGAAUAAUGAACAUUUGUUUGCAAACAUUCGGCCCUCUUAGCGUUCUCUAUAUUGCUGCUCUGUUGCCCUGAUACCAAGUGCUGGAUUCAAAGAGAAUUGAAACACAUUGCUGCAAUCUCAGCAGGAAUUGUGGAAACUGUGUUUUGGAGUGUGUGUAGACUAAGCCACACCUUGUUUUCUGAACACUAAUAAGGAUCUGUGUUUGAGCAACUUUCAAGUGUUACAUUCUUAGAAAUGUGAGAAAUCACCUCUACAAAAACUCAGUGUUUAGUCUGUUUAAGUGAAUGCCAGUAAAAUGUCAAACAGUGGUCCUGAGUGAGUCACCUAGCUGUCAGGAGGUCACAUCAGCUUGCAAACCAGGCUCAGGAGAAGCAUUUGUCACUUGCCACACACAUGGCUAAUGUCUUUCGCCAGGUCAAAAAGGUACAAGAGUAAUACCACUGAAGAAGUUGUUCUUGCUAGGAAACGUGAGUGUGUGCCCGUUUGACAGAAAUGGCGCUAAAAGCCAGGCAGCUGGCACUUUCUAAGUGUACCCUAUGAGCCACUACUUUUGUGCUUCACAUUCCCAAUUGUUUGGGUGGCCUUUUCACAACCACGUGUUCCAAUAUAAAGCCUAUUUGCUUAAAAAGAACGGGGAAGUAGGUGGAUGUAGAUGAUGAGAUGGUAAACCGUGAGAUGUACAGUUGUACUCCCAAAGUAUGGCUUGUUCUUGGGUGUGCCUGCGUGCAAUGAGUUCACUAAACUGGCGUUUCUCCUGGACAGAACCUCCAGGGCUUACAUGCAGAUGAUGGGAUGAAAAGACCAGACAAGGUCUCCAUCUCUGUCCAUUCUGACAUGUUUGUUUGUUCAUAAAAAGUUUCCUGUCCCUAGACAGUUUCUAGCUACAGCCACCCUUUCCUUUCUGACAAUUACUAUGAACAUGUGUUCAUCCAAGUAGCCUUCUCCCAUUUGAUUGGUUUUUUUUGCCCAUGUUUUAUCAUGAGUACAGAAUUACUCAUACAUGAUAUUAGUUAUGCAUGUUCUCCAGCUGAUGUUGAAGUAUAUUGUUUUGAUCACUUUAAACUAUGUUUUUGUAAAUAUUAGAAAGGUUGUGUCCACUUUGGGGAAUAUCUGCAUGCUGUGGAAGGAAGAGAGCAAGGAACAAGCUGGAUAAUAAGUAACCUGGCUUUGGAAAUGUGGUGAAAGACCCUGACACUCUUCUGCUGGUAAUUGUAUUGACAUAAACGAGUCCCAUGUAGCUCAUCCGCAGUCUGAGUUCAGCUGCCCUGGUCCUUCUGAUCCUUCUUAUGGUUUAAACAUACAAGCAUUCCCUUCUCAACAUGACUAGCUUCUCUCUAGACGUUAGUACCAGUGACCUAGUGGUGUGACUUCUUUGGUCAUGUUUUCCAUAAGAGGAGGGAGAGAGACCUCUAGCCAGUUAUAACCAGUUAGUUAGUGUACACAUUGUUUCGAAAGGGAGGGUCUGAGUCUGUGAAGAAUGGGCUGGCAUGGCCCCAUUGGACUCAGGAGAAGUCAUAUAAUUUCUCCUCUCCAUCUGUGUACUCUAUAGGUACAUGCCAGGCACAUAGAUGAGAACGAGGGAGGACCCUUGGCGGUUCAAACACAGACAAGCCAAUAAUCAGACUGAGAUGGACACAGCACACCUGAGCAGCCCUUGAUCACAUCUAGUCUGCCAGCAUUGUGUUAAGUUGAAUGACAGUAAAUAGAAUCCACCUGCCCUAAGACGUGUAGCAUCUGCUAUUGUAAAGGAAUAAGACGCCCAGGAGAGAGAAGGACUUCCAUCUGUGACCACACCCUGUCCUUCAGAGCGUUUUAAAAUUAUGACAAAUUUACUUUUUCUCCAAAAUAGAAAUAUUUAAAUUAGUGGAUUUUUCUCUUUCUCUCCCAGUCUUUGUUUUUAGCAGGAGGGAUCUGAGUAAAGAGGGCAAGAAAAGGCAAAACAAACAAACAAAACACUGGCAAGUCUGCAGUUCUUGUAGAAGAGACAGAUCUGACUCUGGUCCUGGCUUGAGUGUAGCUGGAAAUGAGAACGGCUAAUGCAUUACAAGUGUUUGUUCAGGAGAAAAAUCAAAGUCAGCUCUGCCUCGUAGUGGGUGCCAGCCCAGCACAUCCAUCCUCCAAUAUCCUGCAGAGUUCCCUGUGACCAGGCGAGCCGCUGCAUACACCGUGGGAGGACUUAACACUAUCUUACGUUCCUUAUGGGUCAGGAUAGGCAAAAUAGGCAGGUGUGAGUUUGUUAUGAUUAUUAUUUUUGAGUGAGAAGUAAUGGCCAGGGUUCCCUUGGGACCACAAAGACAGAGGAGUCACCUCAGUGAAAAGGCCAGUGAGCGAUCCCACACUUUAGUGACAAUGAGACAUGGAGAAGAUGCAAGUGCUCUCUCUCUCCAUGUGCUGCAGCAUCCUAGAACGUUGUGAUCACAAAACCGUGUGGCUGAUGGUCUUGUGAUGAAAAUGGACGCUGAGGCACAGAGGUAACUAGGUGCAUAUUUCCCUAAGAAUUUUAACAUUCUUGCUCCUGACCUUGUUAAAAUAUAUCUGCUACGCGCUGGGCUCAUGUCCACCCUUCGUGUCGUUGCAGAGGGCUUACUCUGGUGAUACUCCGUAGCUCCCACUUUUACAGCCGGCAAGGAUGUCCUGGUCAUGCCCACACCCACACAUUCAGUCUCCAUCCUGUCCACUUAUCCUCAGUCUUCCCACAAAACUAUGUUUGCAACCUUCUGCAAUAAUUGGCUGACAGAUGAUGUCUUUUGGAGGGGUUAAUUCUUAAAAUUCCAAAUGCCUAAUAACAGGACUUAAAAAGUCGGGCAUUUUUACAAGUACACCAAACUGAAUGCUGUUGUUCAUUCAUAUAUAUAUAUAUGUGUGUGUGUGUGUGUGUGUAUGUAUAUAUAUAUUAUAUCAUAUAUAAAACAUACAUUUGAAGCAGCACACUACAGUUAUAAGACUAUUCUUCUCCAAAGUGUUCUUAUAAAUUCAUUUGACCUUUAUUGCAGGGCAAAAAAAAAAAAAAAAAAUCAUAGUGUUCAAGACAGGCUCAGUUUGUAACAAAUAGCGGACCAUUACAAAGAGGAAAAGCAAAAUCCAGGGCUGAGCAGCAAGAAGCUUUGGUUCAAUUUCACCUCAUAUCUUUCUAAUAACGUACUUGUCACUUUAUUACCUUCCAGUAAUGUGAACGCUGCUGACAAGACUGUCACACUAACAGCAGACAACACCCUCUCUGCUCCGGCCCCAGUUCUCCCGGCUACUUAUUGCCCUGGCCCUGAAGGGACACAAACUAAUAGUGUGCUUUCCAGUUCAGCACUUGGCCAUCAAAUAUAAAAGGAUGCGUAAUUGCCUGUUUAUCCCUGGUGAAGGGGAAAUUGAGUAGAGGGCCAGGCUUUCCCACCAGUUGCCUGCUGUACACAAUCAUUCACAAUCAGCCUGCCUCCUCCAUCUCUCCUGCCUCUUUCUGUCAUCCUCUCUCUCCCCCACCUCCCUGUUUCUUUCCUCCAAGCACAUAUGCACAACGACUGUGUUUUCAGGAAUCCUAAGGCUGCUUCCAUGUGCUCUCCCCAGCUAUUAAGUGGACAGAUGACUUCUUACAUAAAGGGUCAGUAGAGAGUUGCUGACUGUUCUCGGUUACUUUGAAGUAGUAAUUCAAUCCCAUGUCCAUCCAUUUGGGGAGUGUUGGGUGUGGUCAUUGCAAUUGGGGAAAAUUUUCCUGCACAAAUAGGAGGAGGUUGCCCAUAUUCUGUGAGGAAAGGAUUAGAAUGCUUUUCUUCCUGGUCAAAAAGUGUGUGUGUGUGUGUGUGUGUGUGUGUGUGUGUGUGUGUGUGUGUGUGUGUGUGCUGUAAACAAACUGCUCAUGAAUGGUGGCUGAAAAACACUGUUUGGGGAACCUUAAAUGUUUGGCAUUAAACCAUUUGCUAAGUGUACACAAGUAUCUUUCAAUAAUGGACUCUAAAUCCAUAUUUAACAAGAUGGAUGAACCUGUUUGCCAAACUGAGCGGACAAUCAGAAUAAGAUAGGGCUCUAUUAUUUGAACUGUAGCCAUUAAAACAGUGAAGAUCUUAUAUUUGAAAGGCAAAUUCUCCAUUUUAGGAAUUUGAGAGAGUGUAAGCUUUACAAAAUUAGAGAUCAGAGGCUUGAAGGAAGGAUGGUAAAAAUGUUACAGCCCAGAAUACCUGGACCCAGAUAAUUUGUCGCGCUGGCUAUUUCUGAGUAAAGGGUGACUUAGCGGUGGGUCAACAGUGACUAGUUUUAGUUAAGUGGAAUGAAGGCUGCAUUUGCACACCUUCUGCAUGGCUGAGGGAUACCCCGCUUCCUCCCAACUCCUAUGGCUAUAAGCAGUCACAUUCCAGGUAAGGUUUUAGUCAACUGAGAGUGACACGUGGAGAUGUGUCUUUGUUGUAGACUUGCAAGGAAAGGAAGACAGAUUUUGGGACAAGUAACAUCAGAUCGAUGUUGACAAUGCUGUGCUAAGUCACCUCAUGAGCCAGUCUGAGGACUGAAGAGAAAAAAGCACUUUGAAAAAGGACUUCGGGUCUGAGUAAAGACAGUGUGUUGACUUUUGUUUUUAAUUUCCCUCCUGUGUAUUUAUAAUAAGCAGUUACCAAACAUCUUAAUAAAGUAAUUAAAAACUUGGUUGCCAAAAUUGCACAAAUUCUGCAAGCUAAUUCUAGCCUUGUCCCCUGAACUCUGCAUAACAGGGAUACAGAGGACAUUUUAUAGUCAUAAUGCUUUCUUUAGCUAAAAAAAAAAAUGUUGAAGGGAAGGAAGAACAGAAGAUGGUAUUUUAACAGAAAUGGAGAGAAGUAGAUAGUAUAAAAGUAUAUUUCUUCAAGAUAGAGAGAAUCUAAGUGCUAUACCAAGAUUUUAUAAGGCUUCCUGUUGCCAAAUGUGAUGCUGACUAAAGACACCUCUAAGAUGGCAAAGGCAUCAAUUAUUAACCGGCUCUGCCCACUUCUGUUGUGGAAUCCAGGGGUGGAGAGGAUGCUCUGGGGAGACCCCUGUGUGGGAAAGAGAGCUCUCCUCUGCUGGCUCUGGAAAGGUUUUCAAGAAGGUGAAAACUCCAGCCCUUGUGCUGCUCUCCCACACACCCUGCAUGGUGAACUGACCUGGCACUGUCUUUGUGGCACUAACGUUCCUGCCUCUUCUUUGCUAGGAGACAAAGCAUCCCCCUACCCAUUCCUGAAUCAGCGCAGUGGCUCAUGUAAGCCCUGAUUCACAAGACACGAUGCUCCUGUCUGCCUGGCCAAUGUGCUGAGUAAAUAGGUUCACUUGAGAUGUAUAAACCAAGACUGACUGUUUAUUCUUUUAAAUUCAUACUCUGCUUGGAGCAUUUUUGCAUGUCUUUGUACAGAGUCCUUCAUUCUUCUCAUUGCCUGUCUUGAUCUCCUCUGCAUCUCUCCUACCCUCACUCUUGCCCUUUGCCCUCCUGUUACCCACUCCCCUCCAAAAAAACAAAUAAAUCUUUCCUAGGGCAAGUGGGUAGAACACUCCCUCCCUUGGCCUGGUUUUGAUCACUUUGGAUAUGUGUGUGUGUUCUACCCUGCCCAGGUUUACAUAACACGAAUUAAGCAAAUGAGAUGUUCUAGUAGUAUGUAUUAACAAGAUAGGACUAGGAUUCCUUGUAUACAGUACACUCACUUUCCUGUGCAAACUUUGGUUCUCCUGUCUCAAGAGGAAACUUCCCUCAUCCCACCAGUGCCAGUCUCAAGAGCUGUGGAUGAGUUCACUGUGGGUCAGUGGGACAAGGAAGAUAGAGAAACCAGGCAGGACUUGGGUCUGUGGGUUGUGGUGAGGUUCCUCACUUGGCUGAGAGAAUAUGGAAUUCCCCCUUCCAGCCCCCCCACUCAAACCCUCUGUUGCAUCUCUAGAAAUGAAAUCAUUAGACUCAGCUUUUGUAUUUCAUACUGAAUGGAUAUGGAUAUACCCUUUAUCCAUGGAUGAAGGAAAUUGAAAUAUCUUGAGGGAAAGGAAUUGUUAACCGGAUAUGUCCCUUUCUCACCUAGACUUUAGAGGUUUGGUCCUCUUUGUUUCUAUUCUCAUUUGCAUAAGGUCUCUUCCACCAAGCCUGCGGUAGAACCAAAAUCUGUAUCAGGAAAGGCAACUGCACCAAGAGAUGGGACAGCUUGCAUCCCCCACCUAAUAAUUGUGACGUCGGUAGCUUCAUGAAUACUGUAUGUCUUUUAAUCGAGGGUUUUGUUUUUGUUUCACCUUGUGGUUUGUUUCUAUUAGUAGUCUAAGGUAAUUGAAAUUGUUUAUUUACUGUUUCCUUCGUUGGUUGUAUUUUCUGUACUAUAACUGUCUACAGUAUGUCUUUUGCAUAAAAUGCAUAAGGGUUUGGGGAUGUAAAUGGAAUUUUAUUCAUAUUUUGUCCAAAUACCUCUUGUAAUUUGUAUCAAAAUUCUUGUACAAUUUUUAUAUUAAAGAUUUAUCAGUCACUGAAA